AGAUCCAUGGACACCAUUAUGAACUUCGAGCUCGAGACUUCUAGAAGAGUUGUGCAUCAGAGUUCAUCUCCGCACCAUGAUCCAUUGCAGUUGAGAGGGGGGCGCAGGGAUAUCAUUCAACGAUUCGUAGACGUGAGACUGCGAUCUGAGUCCAAAUGCACAGCGACGAUCACCCUCCGAACUCGUUCUUCGUCUUUGAGAUCAAGAGAGGAGUCGCAAACAUGCAGAGAGGUCGAGCUGCCGUGAAGGUGUCGACAAAACUGACUCUGGGAUUGGGUGCUGACACUUGGGACACUCAGAAGGCGGAAGGUUCUCGAGCAGCACGCAAUGGCUGCAAGCAGCAGUCGAAACCUCUGGAAGAUGAGAUGAGCAUGGGGCCCAAAGACUGGAGGCGGAAGUGCAACAUAAAGGAGCUGAUGAAACAGCAGAUGGCGCUGCGCGAGAAGGAGCAGUACGAGCAGUUGAUGGAGAAAGAGCAUUUCCAGCUGCAGGAGACAAUCAAAUAUUACAAAGACGCGGGGCAGGAACAGAGUCAAAUGCACGAGCAGCUGCUGAUGCACAUGCACGCUCUGGAUUACGCUCAGGUCGAGCUCCACUUGCUGAGGCAGGAAAUCGUUUUGCUCCGAGCCGAGACGGCACGACUCAACGAGGCAAUCGUCCAGCAGAGCCGUGACCGAGAGCCAGGCCGGCUCCAUCUGCAGCUCGUCCAUCAGCACAGCAUGAGCUUCGAGCAUCGGUCGCACAUGGCGUCUGCCACCUCCGAGCCCACCGAGGCCAACGACGCCGUCGGCGAGUCUUCGAGCAAGCCGGUCGACGGCACCGGUGACCGGCCACUGCGCCAGGCUUCUCCCGGUACGACGGCCGCGGCAGCUGGCAGGUGUCCUUUCUGCCCUUACAGGCGCCAAUCCUCUCGCUGCCCUUACUGCGUGCAGCCUGGACUGGGAGCCGCCGAGGUCCAGAACAGCCCCGAGACUGAUGUAUGUUGAUGUUUAAUUGCUUCGGGCCGACGGGUCGCCGGAGUUCUUGUCACUCCUCGAGAACGUUCAUUCUAUCACGCAGUGGAUGAUUUUUUUGCUUUACGUCCGGCGGCGAUGGAGAGUGUUCAUUUCGCAGAUGGAACGCAAAGUUUGUAUAGAGUACAUAGUACUUAAGCCUCCAUGUCGGGUGCGAUCGAUGAGACCAUUCCUGUUGUACAAAAUCCUGAAGCAAGGGGACGUCGAAUAGAAGGUCCCAGUUCUUCGAUGUGAAGAAAAGUAUUGCACUCAGGAAUUUUCUCCUCGGCUCUCCCAGAGAGAGGGGCUCUCUAAAUUAGAACAUGCCCAUUACCGUGAAUUGCGAUGAAAAUGCUUUCGGAAAGAAGUCUGAGAUUUUACUCAGUGGUAUUGUGUUGUAUUCGUUUAAAGAUUAUUAUUCCUUAA